CUCGAUUCUCCGUUCUCGGUUCUCUGGCCUCCGAGACCGCUGCGAUGAGUCUAGCCUUGCAGUAUGCGGACAACAGCUACAAUACGAGGAGCUCGUAGUGCUCGACGAAUUCGCAAAAGUACAAUAGCAACUAAAGCGUAAACGAUCGCGUUUAUAUCAAUAUCGAUAUCAGACACUCCAGCUACAAAACGUUUAUAAAUUGUUUUGUUUAGCUUGGGUGUAAGUUUUCUACUUUUUUUUUCUCUGUACUUUUUUUUUUUUUACUUGUGACUGUUGUAAAUAGUUUGUCAGCAUGCUGAAGACAUUCAGUUCCGUUAGCCAGUAUAUUAAGGCCGAUCUAACGCGUGUGAUCAUCGAUAAUAUUGUGUUCAAGCUGCACUAUCGUUGGACCUUUGUCUUGCUGCUGGUGGCCACAUUGCUGGUCACUUCACGUCAAUACAUUGGCGAACAUAUUCAAUGCAUAUCGGAUAGUGUUGUGGCGCCAGUGAUCAAUACGUUCUGCUUCUUUACGCCCACAUUUACAGUGGUGCGACAUAUGAACAACACGGCAUUGAACUCUGGCAGCAUUUUCGAGCCAGGCAUUGGACCCUACAAUCGCCAGAGCGAUGAAGUCAAGAAGCACGCGUAUUAUCAAUGGGUGCCCUUUGUGCUGUUCGCCCAGGCGCUUUGCUUCUACAUGCCGCAUGCGCUGUGGAAGAAGUGGGAGGGUGGACGCAUCAAGGCGCUGGUCUAUGGACUACGCAUGGUGGGACUAACGCGCUAUUUGAAGAACGAUAGUCUGCGCAUAGGCACACUCAAUAUUCCAUCGAUGGCCGAGGCCGAGGAGCGUGUGAUCAACAUACGACGCACAAUGAUCGAUCGCAUGCGUCUGAAUCAAUCGUGGGGUGCACAUCUGGUGUUUGCCGAGCUGCUGAAUUUAGCGAAUCUGUGUCUGCAGAUUUAUGUGACGCAUCGCUUUCUGGGUCGACAGUUUCUCACUUUGGGCGUCAAAGUGCUGCAGGAGCGUUGGGUGGACAAAAUGGAUGCACUCGAUAUUGUGUUCCCCAAGGUGACCAAGUGCACCUUUUUCAAAUACGGUGCAGCGGGUUCGUUGCAAGAGCACGAUACGCUUUGCGUUAUGGCUUUGAAUAUAAUGAACGAAAAGAUUUACACUAUACUUUGGUUCUGGUACGCUUUUCUGCUAACGCUUACCGUGCUCAGUUUGAUUUGGCGUUUACUAACACUGUUUUUAUACAAGAGCGUUACCUUUACCCGCUGGACUUUGUACUGGGCCAAGCCUGGCAAAAUCAAGGAAAGCGACUUGAGCUCUGUUAUUGAAAAAUGCAAUUUCUCCAACUGGAUGUUCUUGUUCUUUUUGCGCACCAAUUUAUCCGAAUUCCUUUUCACCAAAGUCAUUUAUCAUCUGGCCAGCGAAUUUCCCGAUAAUCCGACACACGACAACGAUAUUAAUAAUUAUCGCGCUCAGUAUCCACAUUUACCAUCGUUGGAUACUGUGGAUGCACCGCUGUUGCAUCAUCGUGCCACAACGAGUGCCGCCAGUGCACCGCCAGAGGGCGCCAGCUUAAAAGUUUAGAUUUAUCAAGCUAGCGAGCUUGAUUUUCUUUUGUAUUACUAACUGUUUAAAUAUACUUAUUGUUAAGUUAGAAAUUUAUGCGCUUUUUGUUUAUUUAGAACUGGUUUCCAUAUAUUUCUUUCAAAGCCCCCUUAAAAUGGCUGCAGAGCCAGUUUUAGAAAUUUAUUGACAAAACCAAAAACCAAAAACCAGACACCAACAGCAACACCUUCACCUUUGUAGCUAACGCUUGUUGUGGGCGUGGCCUCCCCCCUGCCCAACUUGUUUCGGUUGUCUGGCCUUUGCACUGAUUUCAUUUUGAUUUUGUGGCUUGACCCACUUUCAUUUGUGGUUACUGCAUUCAAUAACUGAAUGAUUGUUGUAUGCCUUCAGCUAGAUAUUUUUUAAUGUUGUUGGUUCUAAGCUAAAGCCAAAUCUAAUA